AUGUCUGAUCCCAUUCCCUCCGCAAGCGGGGAUCCUGACUCUGUGGAGCAGUCUCACCCCGCGAACGCAGAAGACCGCAAAGCUGCUGCUGCCCUUGACUCGCUGCAUACCAAUGAACUCGCAGCGGAUGGCCCAGCCAAGGGACCUUCGAGUGCAGAACAGGAGGCCCUCGGGAGGGCUAUGAGCCGACUCGAGAUUGCCGCUGGAAAAGGCUCGGCGAAAACGAAUAUCACCGAGACCCAGAAGAAGGAGGCUGAGGUGAAAAGAAAGGCGGUUAAGAUCGCGGCCAGUGAUGUCACUUUUCUGGCCGAACAGCUGGACUUGCAGAAAAACAAAGCCACCGACCUCCUCAAAGCCCACGAAGGAAACGUCACUCUUGCGCUGAAGGCGUUCAUCACACCAUCGUGGAAGGCGUAA